AUGAGGCGGGCGUGUGGCCGCCUCGCCGCUGCUUCGUCCAGGCACGGCAGCCUACCGUCGACCAUCGCCCCCGCUAGCCGCUCCUCGUCUCUACCGCACAUUGCAUCGACCGCCGGCAGAUCACCAUCGCUUCCAGCUACGUCACACUCCUUCCACACCUCUCCUACGCCCGCCAGAGCACCGGGCACACGCCCCGGCGGCCUCUCGGGCUCGGCCGGCGCCGAGAGCGAGGCCGACCUCGGACGCCACUUUUACCUCAACAAGGUCCUCGAGACCUGGGCAGCGCGGCCCGCCACCCGCAUGACGCUCCGCCAGCUCAUCUUCUUUGGCAAGACCCUCGGCAAGGACCGCGAAAAGAUCCUCAAGAGCGCUGCCUACGUCCGACAGGAGCUUCCCGUACGCAUCGCCCACCGCAUCCGCGACCUCCAGGCGUUGCCCUUUGUCGUCAUGACCAACCAGCACCUCGAAAACGUCUACAACAAGUACUGGUCCGCAUUCGAGACGCUGCGCCGCCUGCCCCCCAUCCGCGACAUGGACGACAACGAGCGCUUCUGCAACCUCCUCAAGGGCCUCCUCGACGACCACCUCACCAUCAUCCCCUCGCUCACCAUCGGCAUCGUCGAGUCCUCGCACCACCUCCCGCCCCACCAGCUCGACAAGUUCAUGGAGCGCAUGCUCCGCUCCCGCAUCUCGCGGAGGGUGCUGGCGGAACAGCACAUCGCCCUCAGCGAGGCCCUCGACGACCCCUUCCACUUCUUCAACGAGCCCGUACGCCGCAACGACGACGACGGCGGCGGCGACAGCGCCCACGAGGACCUCAGCGACAACCACGUCGGCAUCAUCUACACGCACCUCAGCGUGGCCAGCGUCGUGCGCAAGGGCGUCAAGCUGCUGACCGAGGUAUUCGCAGGGACCGAAGGCAUCUCCCCCGACCGCGUUCCAGAGAUCCGCAUCGACGGCGACCUCAAUGCGAGAUUCGCCUACAUACCCGAGCACCUCGAGUACAUCAUCUUUGAGCUGUUGAAGAACGCCAUCCGAUCCACGAUCCGGCAACACGCAGGACGCGAGGAUGCUGGUGUGGUUCGAGUUACGAUCGUCGAAGGGCCGCCGGCAGAGGAUCUCAUCAUUCGCAUCUCCGAUUCCGGAGGAGGCCUGCCAGACCUCAUUGAGCAGCUCUCGAUCCCGAGCGGCUUGGCGGGGCCCUCGACGGGACCGCAGUACCCCAUCCCGUUCCCCGAGACGGGCCACGUAGGCGGCUACGAUGCAGCCGCGAGGCAUGCUGCAUACGGCUCAGGCUCGUAUUCAUCGCCAGAUUACGCAGGGGCGGGCCCGCACACGAUGAGCAUGGACCCGUCACCGAGCUACUCUGCGCGGGGCGGCGUCGGCUCCGCUGGUGGGAUGGCGGGCUCGCAGACGGGCCACGAUACGCUACCUUCGUCGUCGCUCGUCGGCCCCGCAUCGGCUCCGCUCUCGCCCGACUCGCUGAUCGACGCGCUGUGCUCCUUUAGCAACGUCCGGCGCAGACUCGAGCUCGAGGGCGAGGCAACGAGGAUAGCCACUGAGCGCCUCCAGUCGCCCUCUUCUUCUUCAGUCGACAGCAGCGCCUCCGCCGCCGAAGACGCUGCGGGCUUCGAUGCAGCGACAACCAGGCCAACGCCGACGAGGGACCAGUUCCACGCGCUCAGGCGAGUGGGCAAGUUCAAGGGGACCGUCACCGAGCAGAUGGCCGCAUCUGCAGCCUCCGCCUCGUCCAUCUCGUCUUCGCCAUCUUCAUCCUCCACACCAUCCUCAUCUGGCUCUACGAACCCGUCUGCUUCGAGCGGCGGACCGGCAUCGGUCCUCUCGCCGCUGCAGCGGAGGGCGUACGAGGGUACCGGGCCCGCGGCGCUGCACACGGUCCAGGUCGAGACGGGCCUAGGGCUGCCCAUGGCCAAGGUCUACUGCGACUUUUUCGGUGGCUCGCUCAGCCUGCGCAGCCUCGACGGCCAUUCGACCGACGUCUACGUCCGUCUGCCCAAGCUCGGCACGUCCAAGGAGAGCAUCCCCGAGGUCGUGCUGUAG